AUGGCCAAAGUCUUGGAGCGGAUGGUCAACAGAAGGCUCAAGCAAUACCUGGAGUCUAAGGGACUGCUUGACCAUCGACAGCAUGCCUUCAGGCAAGGGUACGGUACCUCCACCUACUUCGCCACUCUUGGAGAAGUCCUGAAGGAGGCACAGGACCAAGGCCAUCAUACGGAGAUCGUCUCGCUGGACAUCUCCAAAGCAUUCAACAGAACGUGGACACCAGCAGUAAUGAAGAAGUUAGCCGAAUGGGGACUAAAAGGACGCAUCCUACACUUCGUCCGAAACUUUCUGACCGACCGAUCUUUUCGGGUGUCGGUCGGAAACGUCCAAUCCAGAAGGUUCAGCGAAGAAACCGGAGUACCACAGGGUUCGGUCAUCGCGGUCACCCUCUUCCUGGUGGCCAUGAGCGGGGUCUUCGACAAGCUACCCAGGAACAUAUAUAUUUUCGUCUACGCGGAUGACGUCCUCAUUGUAACGGUGGGCCCCACCCGGCAGAGGACGAAAUUAAGGGCACAAGCGGCAGUCUCCUCGGUGGUCAGAUGGGCUGACUCCGUUGGGUUCCAGCUUUCCGCCGGCAAGAGCGUGCGCUGCCAUAUAUGCACCACCCGGCAUCGGAACAACGGACAGCCCAUCAUGAUCAAACAGCAAGCAAUACCGACCAAAAACACAAUAAGGGUCCUGGGAGUGCUCCUCGAUCGGAACCUAUCCCUCGAGCCGCACUUCCAACAGGUGAAGAAGGACUGUCGUAGUCGAUCCAAUCUGAUGAAGACCAUCUCCCGCCCCCACCGAUCCAACAACCGUGAAAUCCGCUUCCGGGUAGCCCGAGCCAUCAUCGACAGUCGCCUAUUGUACGGCGUAGAACUAACGUGCCUUGCCGCCGAGAAAGCCGUCCAAAUCUUGGAACCGGUCUACAACGGAUACGUAAGAACAGUCUCCGGUCUCCUGCCCUCCACCCCGGCCGACGCCGCGUGCGUGGAAGCCGGUAUUCUGCCUUUUCGGCUCGUCUACACCGCAGCUACCGCUACCAAAGCCGCUGCCUUCCUCGCUAAAACGUCGGGAAACAAUCUCCCUCCAGUGGCCAGGGUCCACUGGCACGGAGACAAAAGUUGGCAAUCACAUCAGAUCAGAAUCGACAGCCGAAUCAAGGACCGCUUCAGGGCAGGAGACAAUACACUGGCUUUGCGCCGGACAGUCGUCGAAACUCUCGGGGCGCACUAUCAAGAUCACGAAAUCAGGUACACUGAUGGCUCGCUCUCCAGCAGCGGAGUGGGAAUGGGGGUUUCAGGAGAUAGUUUGGUCGUCAGCAAUUCACUUCCGGCCCAGUGCUCGGUGUUUUCCGCUGAGGCAGCGGCCAUCUUUCACGCAACCUCCCUUCCGGCCAAUCGGCCGAUCCUCAUCGUUACCGACUCACAAAGCGCAAUAAUGGCCCUAACCGAUGAAGCACCAAAGCAUCCGUGGAUACAAGGGACGGUAACGCAUGCGCCGCCCAACACCGUAUACAUGUGGGUACCCGGGCACUGUGGCAUCCAGGGGAACGUGAUCGCCGACCACCUCGCCGGCUCAGGCCCCAUCGGACCCAGGUUCUCUGACAAUGUUCCGUUCCAGGACAUCAAAAAAUGGAUCAAGCGGACGGCGACCACCGAUCCCUGGAAGGAUCGACCGAGCCUCAAGGAGCAGCAAGUGGUGUCCAGGCUGCGCACCGGGCAUAGCAGGGCCUCCCAUAAUUUCGGAGGAACACCGUUCCGGAGAACCUGCGAAACCUGCGGAGUGCCAGCCUCCGUAGAACACAUCCUCAUCAACUGUGUGGAGCUCGAGGACCUUCGGGUUGCCUUCGGUCUGGAGGGAACCAGCAUACAAAGUCUGCUUGGCGACGAGUCCCCGGCAGCAGACGCCCUCAUCGCCUUCCUGAAGGAGGCGAAUCUUUUUUACAACAUUUGA